AGCAAAUCAUACCGCUCGGGCCUUUGCCGUUAUGCAGAUAACACUCGUUCUUGGAUGUUUAUACGAAAACACGAUUUAAAACUUUUUCUGUAUAGUGACAGUUCCUGAAGUGUUUUAUCCUUCUAUUUUAAAUUCUCCAAGGCCGCUACUAAGGCUAUCCUUCUGAAGCUCUGACGUUGUUUCAUUUGAAAGUUCACAGAAGAAUUAUGGCAUCUUACGUAUUAGAUUUCGAAAGAACAUUCAUGCUUCCGAAUUCUAGUGUGUGUCCAAGUUUCGGACCUACGAAUGAUUGUUUCAAAGAAUGGGAUGUUUUUCUUAUCAAAGGUGUAGAAAAAGAAAAAUAUGAGUUUCACCUUCGUAGGAAAACUACAGAGGAGAAGUUACAACUAACAGGAGUGAUAGAAUUGAGACCUCCGACUAAUGUAGUAGUAAACGUGUCUGACGUUAUGCAUGUAGGUCAAACUACUCUUUAUAUCUUCUUAUCCAAUUUAAGUAUUCCACUUAGAACAUUUUUCAAAAUUGUGGUGUUACGACUUACUAAAGGAAUGAAAAUAUCCUCGCAAUCGAAUGCCGAGAUCCAGAAUCUUAACAGCUCCCAGAAACCAAUGUCAACACUCAGCGCCGAUACAUUGUUAACCUUAUCCCGUGACAUAGAAGAUGUAUACAAGAAAAAAGAUUAUUCGGACAUGGUUCUUGUCGUAGACACCUUGGAAAUACAUGUUCACAAGUUUAUGCUUUCUGCCAGGUCCCCAGUAUUUGCUGGAAUGCUUCAACAUACCAUGACAGAAAGCACGGAGAGUAGAGUGGUGAUUUCUGAUGUGGAACAGAAUGUCAUGAAAGAGCUUGUGCUAUUUAUGUACACCGGUCGAGUUAAUGAUUAUAGUUACCCCAUGGCCCGAGAGUUGUACUCAGCUGCAGAUAAGUACGCCAUCUUGGAAUUGAAAGGUAUUUGUCGUCAAGUUAUUACGUCAUCGCUGUCCACGUCGACAGCCACAGAAGCGUUGAUUUUAGCUGAUAUGCACAGCGAUGAAGAACUAAAACAAAAUGUCAUGGUUUUUAUCUGUUCUAACAUUAAGAAAAUGAAAGCAACUCCAGUAUGGACUGCUUUCUUAAAGGAAUAUUCCAAUUUGGGAACAGAAGUUUUGUCUUUUGUAUUAGACAAACUAUGUUAAUUUCAUGAUAGUGAUAGUAAGUGACGAUAGUUAAAGGAUUAUUAGUUUCUUGCAAAGAAAUUCAAGCUGACUUCUCUUUUUUUCUUCUAUGACUAUUCAAUAUUGCUGAUUCGUAGAUUUAUGUUAAUUUGUAUCAUUUAGUUUCAUUUUAUGUUAAUUCAUUUCAGUCCUUAAAAAUGUGUUUCCUAGGAUUAGUCCUUAAAAAUGUGAUCCUUCCUCUAGAAUCCAAGAAACUAAACAUUUCUAUCGGAAGAGUUAUGAAGUUUAAUUUGAUUUUUUACUGUCAAAUAAAUUUAAGUAUUAAAAAUUAA